GUUUUUUUAAGUUAAGAUUUGUUUUAUCAGAUAUUUAAAAGAAAGGCUCUUAGAAGAGAAAGAAUGCUUAGGUUUACAGGUACCUUUGUUCGGUUGGUUUUGCUAAUUAAAUAACAUAGCAAUAAUUUACUUGGUUCAUUAGAGUGAUUAUUCCUCACCGAAUAUGGAAGCAUGUGAGUGUCAUAUUGUCACUUCGUAAAAAAAAAGGGCUAAGAAGGGCAGAAGAGGAGAGGUGGGAAAACGUCAGUUCACUGAGGAAUAAGGCAUGGGGAACUGCACCAAACCAUCCAUGAAAAACAAAAUUAGGAAGGGUGUGGCUGAGGGUAAAGGGCCUGAGCCUGUGGCACCAGGGCCCUGCCCACCCGGAGAAGCAGAUGGAGAAAAAGAAGUAACUUCUGAGUUUAAGGAGCCUCUCAGUUCGCUGGUCCAAAACUGCACCAUACUGCAUAACAUCGUCGGACCAGCAUGUGUCUUCCUAAGACAGGGCUUCGCAAAGUCACAGCUCGACAGAGAACUGCGGCCAGAGGAGAUUGAAGAACUAAGAGAAGCCUUUAAAGAGUUUGAUAGGAACAAAGGAUACAUUAACUGCAGGGAUCUGGGCGAAUGCAUGCGGACUAUGGGAUACAUGCCAACAGAGAUGGAACUCAUUGAACUGAGUCAACAAAUUAGUGGGGGUAAAAUUGAUUUUGAGGACUUUGUGGAGCUCAUGGGCCCCAAAAUGCUGGCAGAGACAGCGGACAUGAUUGGAGUCAAGGAGUUAAGAGAUGCCUUUAAAGAGUUUGACUCCAACGGUGAUGGGCAAAUCAGUGUCACAGAACUGAGAGAAGCCAUGAAAAAGCUGAUGGGAGAGCAGCUGAACCCCAGAGAUAUUGACGAUAUUCUACGAGAUGCCGACCUCAACGGAGACGGACUGGUUGAUUUUGAAGAGUUUGUGAGGAUGAUGUCCCGUUGACAGAAGCCACAGAGAAGACUUCAUUUCCUUCAUGAGAAAAAAAGGGACACACGAUUCAGCAAUCUGAAUGUUCUCAUUUUAUUUUUAAAGCACUGUUAAGCAAAAGAGUCUCUUCUCAAAAGAGAAGUGUUGUAAUUGUACUGUUUAAUUGAUAUUUU